UGUUAUGGCGUGUCGACGCAGUCGUCAUCAUCCUGCGACUCUGUAGCUUGUGUUCGAAAUUGUGUAAAACAGGCGUCCUCAUAUAAGAUUUUUUUAGAACCAAAUUUCAUUGUUUUGUUCAAAUGUCGCAUUUCUGUUUUUAAUUCGAAAAGUAAACAUGCCCUGAGAUGUAAACGUCACCAUCACGAUGAACGCAAAGUUAUUCUGUCUUUUUGUAACCUGUUACGCCGUAAAUGCAAAGACAAGAAAUGUUCUCCUGAUCAUAGCUGACGAUGCAGGCUUUGAAACAGAGGUGUAUAACAACUCUGUUGUCCACACCCCCAACCUGCUCUCUCUAUCACGGCGCAGCCUGGUGUUCAGCAAUGCCUUCACAUCCGUUAGCAGCUGCUCUCCCAGCAGGUCCACCAUCCUCACAGGCCUACCCCAGCAUCAAAAUGGCAUGUAUGGCCUUCAUCAAGGGGUUCAUCACUUCAACUCAUUUGAUGGCGUUCAAAGUCUGCCGCUGCUGCUGAGCCAGGCUAAUAUACACACUGGAAUAAUUGGGAAGAAGCACGUCGGUCCGGAAUUUGUAUACCCUUUUGACUUUGCAUACACCGAAGAGAACAACUCUGUUCUCCAAGUUGGAAGGAACAUCACCAAAAUUAAAAUCCUGGUCCGCAAGUUCUUUCAAACCCACAAAGAGGCAGCUGUUGAACACAGGCUAAAAAAAGGAAAGAAUCAGGAAAACAGUGAUGGUAACACAGGGGAUGAGAGGCCAUUUUUUCUUUACGUUGCCUUCCAUGACCUCCACCGAUGUGGACAUUCACAACCUCAGUAUGGAGCCUUCUGUGAGAAGUUUGGUAAUGGUGAAAUGGGAAUGGGGAGAAUACCGGACUGGACACCAGAGUAUUACAGCCCAGACCAAGUAACGGUUCCUGCUUUUGUUCCAGACACACCUGAAGCUCGAGCUGACCUGGCUGCACAGUACACCACAGUCAGCAGGCUGGAUCAGGGUAUUGGAUUAGUUCUCCAGGAGCUCCAGGAUGCUGGUUAUGAAAAUGAUACUCUGGUUAUCUACAGCUCUGAUAAUGGCGUCCCCUUUCCAAACGGCAGAACCAACCUGUACGUCUCUGGAACAGCAGAACCAAUGCUGGUGUCUUCUCCUGAGCACAGGGAUCGAUGGGGAGACAUCAGCCAGUCCUACGUCAGUCUCUUGGACAUCACUCCCACCGUCCUAGACUGGUUCUCCAUUCCUUAUCCUUCCUACAGCCUUCCAGGUAGCCCCACAGCUGUGCACCUUACAGGUCGCUCACUGUUGCCUGCUCUGGUCUCUGAACCCAGGGACUGGAACACCAUCUAUGCCAGCCAGUCCCUUCAUGAGGUGACUAUGUACUACCCAAUCCGCUCUAUCCACCAGGGGGUGUACCACCUUCUCCACAACCUAAAUUUCCGCAUGCCUUUCCCUAUUGAUCAGGAUCUGUAUGUGUCACCCACCUUCCAGGACCUGCUAAACCGUACCAGGCUAGGACAGCCAACGCACUGGUUCAAAAGUCUGAAACAGUAUUACUACAGGGAGCGUUGGGAGCUGUAUGACUGCAGGGCAGACCCACUGGAGUUGAGGAAUUUGGUGUCAGACCCAUCCUACAGUGACUUGUUGAAGACCCUCCAGCUGUCCCUGCAGAAAUGGCAGUGGGAAACAGGAGACCCCUGGGUCUGUGGACCAGACUAUGUCCUCGAGGACAAAUUAGAGCCUCACUGCAGACCACUUUACAAUGAACUUUGAUGAAGUCUAAGGAUAAUUGAACCUAUCUGCUCAAAUACAUCAUUUUAAGUCCUUUGAUUGUAUUCCAUAUUACUACAUGUAUUUCUUGUAAAUUAUUUGUUAAUACAUAUUUUGUCA